AGCCCCUUCUGCCCGCUAGGCUUCUCUUUGGUCACCGGGUGCUGGCGCGGCCCUGCCGCUUCUUCUUUGACUUCCGUUUAUUGGCAAAACAAGCAACUCGCCCUUAGCAAAGAUGGCGGACACAACGACAAUACCCAGCAGGGUGCUUCCGGCUGGAGCUCUCUCGGGAUUGGCCAGCAGCGCUGAUCGUCACCGCCGUCUCCGCAUCCUAUUGGCGAAGCCCCGGAAAAGAUUGGGCAGAUCGCCCUGCAGAGGCGGGGUGAGGGCGUUCCUAUUGGCCAGCGCCUCUUGAGGCGCAGACCAAUGAGACGCGGCGCUGCUUUGGCGCCCAGUUUGAGCGGGCGAGGCCUGCGGCUGCCGCCCGUUCCCGCCGCGCGCGCCCGUUCCCGCCAUGUUCGUGUCCGACUGCCGCCGGGAGUUCUACGAUGUGAUCGUCACCCAGCGUGUUCUUCUUCUUGUUGCUUCAGAUGUUGAUGCAUUAUGUGCUUGUAAAAUACUCCAAGCUUUGUUUCAGUGUGACCAUGUGCAAUACACACUCGUGCCAGUGGCUGGCUGGCAAGAGCUUGAAACUGCCUUUCUGGAGCAUAAAGAUCAGUUCAAAUACUUUGUUCUUAUUAAUUGUGGUGCCAAUGUAGACCUCCUGGAAAUCUUGCAGCCUGAAGAAGACACUUAUUUUUUUGUAUGUGACAGUCACAGACCAAUUAAUGUGGUGAAUGUUUACAAUGACACACAGAUUAAGCUGUUGGUCAAGCAAGAGGAUGAUCUCGAUGUUCCUGCUUACGAUGACAUCUUCAGAGAUGAGGAGGAGGAGGAAGAGGAGGAAGAGGACUCAGAGAAUGAAAGUGGUGGCUCAGAGCCCCUGGAGAAGCGCAGACGGUUUGAGGAGGAGGUAAUAGAGAGGACAAUGAAAAGAAGACAAAGGAGAGAAUGGGAAGCACGCAGACGAGAAAUUCUUUUUGAUUAUGAGCAAUAUGAAUACCAUGGAACCUCGUCUGCAAUGGUGAUGUUUGAUCUGGCAUGGAUCAUGUCUAAGGAUUUGAAUGACAUGUUGUGGUGGGCUAUUGUUGGCCUAACAGAUCAGUGGGUCCAAGAUAAAAUCACGCAGAUGAAGUACGUGACGGACAUCGGGGUCCUGCAGCGCCACGUCUCGCGCCACAACCACCGCAACGAGGACGAGGAGCAUUCCCUGUCCAUUGACUGCAUGAGAAUUGCAUUUGAGUAUGACCUGCGCCUGGCACUGUACCAGCACUGGUCUCUCUAUGAAAGUCUCUGCAACACCUGCUACACCUCUGCCAGCCUCAAGCUUUGGUCUGUGCAAGGGCAGAAGAGGCUCCAGGAGUUUUUAGCUGACAUGGGUUUGCCCUUGAAACAAGUGAAACAGAAGUUUAAUUCCAUGGACGUGUCUUUGAAAGAAAAUCUUCGGGAGAUGAUUGAAGAAUCUGCAAACAAAUUUGGAAUGAAAGAUUUGCGAGUUCAGACUUUCAGCAUUCACUUUGGCUUUAAGAACAAGUUCUCAGCAAGUGACAUAGUUUAUGCAACAACUUCUCUCAUGGAGAACAUAGAGAAAGAGGGGCCUGAAACAACUAAUUUCAUUAAGGCUUUGGACAGUCUCUCCAGGGGUAACCUGGACAAGCUGCACCAAGGACUGGACCUGGCCAAAAAGCAGCUACGUGCCAUUCAGCAGACAGUGGCCAGCUGUAUUUGCACCAACCUUGUCAUUUCCCAGGGGCCUUUUCUUUAUUGCUCCCUCAUGGAGGGCACACCAGAUGUGAAACUGUUCUCCAAACCAGUGUCUCUAUGUCUGCUGAGUAAAUACUUACUGAAAUCCUUUGUUUGCUCUACAAAAAACAAGCGCUGCAAGCUGCUGCCCCUGGUCAUGGCUGCACCCAUGGACGUGGAACAGGGAACUGUGAUCAUGGUGGGGAUUCCUCCAGAGACGGAAAGCUCAGACAAAAAGAACUUUUUUGGAAGAGCCUUCGAGAAGGCUGCGGAGAGCACGAGCUCCCGGACGCUGCACAACCACUUCCAGAUGUCCAUAAUUGAAUUGAAAACAGAAGAUCGGAGCAAGUUUCUGGAUGCACUCAUUUCUCUCUUGUCUUAAAGUGGUGCCUUUUGGCUCCUUGUGCUGGAAGCUGAGGAUGAGACCCUCUGAAAUGGUUUUGGAUGUUCCAAAGUUCAUGGUGCUGCAGUUUUGGUGGGUCUUAGGUACUGGUGCAGGCCUGGACUGGUGUUUUAAUGCCUUUUGGGAGGUCAAAAGGAUUUUGAUCUCAGCACAGAGAUACUGAACACAUCUUUGUCUAAACAUCCUACCCUGCUAAUGGCAAAGGCUGUCACCUGGUAUUUGUACAUUGGAUUUCUAUUUAUCAAACCUGCUUUUAUUAGUAGAUGUACUCUUGUGAUGUUCAGUUGUUGACUGAUAACAAAAAAUAGAUUUUGAAAUUCCAUAUUUAUAUUACUGUUCAAUUGUACUUUUAAAAUUGUCUUGAAUGCUUUUUAUUUUUUUAAUCCAACUAUUUGAAACUCUCCUUGAGGUUCUAGAAUGCUGAAAAUGUUUUUUAGUAUUAUCAGAUUGAAGUCUUGUAGUUUAAUUGAAAGACUUGUUUUGUGAGAGGAGUUUUUAGAUUUCAGAGUUUUUAAAAUCCAAAUACUGAGCAACUGCCAAAUACCAAAUGAAAAAUCCAGGGAAUGCCAGCAUCAAUAAAGCCUUUUUAGUCAUGCACUGUGAUACUGUAUUGUCACUUGUAGCUUGACUCUGGGAAUAGUUUUCCUGGAAGGAGGCUGAAGCACUAUGAUAACUCUGUGAGUGUAGCACUGUAAAUAUUGACAGAGUAGCUUAUCCUGUUCCAUUGCAGAUUUCAUUUUACUUUGGUCAUGAAAUGGCUCCUUGGCCUCACCCUGCUGUGUAAAUGUGUACAUGUGGAAUGCUCUUCUGCUUGAAGUGUUUGUCUGAAUUCACUGUGACUUCGAUGUUUUCAUGUGUUGUAACAAAUACAUAGAGGUUAUGUAUCAUUACAUCAUUCUUUGUACAUAUUUUAAUACAGAUUAAUUUAAUAUUAAAUGUGAUUUAAAUGUAGC